AUGCCAGAAGUAUUCCCAAAAGAUCCGGACGAGAGAGUACCAUUCUCGGUCAGGAUUUUGAAUGAAAGAUUGCCUAAGGGCUAUAGGGCCCCGUCGAUCGGAGAGUAUGACAGGAGCAAAGACCCGGAAGAGCAUUUACGCAAGUUUGAAAAUGCAGCCCUGUUGCAUCAAUACAGUGAUGCUGCCAAGUGUCGAGUUUUCCUGAACACUUUAGCUGGCUCUGCAUUAAAAUGGUUUGAUGGGCUACCUCAAGGAUCCAUCACCUGUUUCUUGGAUUUCAAGAUGACCUUCCUUCACCAUUUUUCCAGCAGCAAAAAAUAUCAAAAGACAUAUCAUUGUCUUUUUGCUCUUAAGCAAGGUCCGACCGAGCCCUUAAGAAGUUAUAUCAACCGCUUCAAUCAAGUGGCCCAGGAUGUCCCCACCGCCACUUCAGAGAUUCUGAUAAGGGCUUUCACUCAUGGAUUAGGAGAGGGAGAAUUCUUCAGAGAUCUCAUAAAAAAUCCCACUCGAAACUUUGAUGAGAUGGUGGAGAAAGCUGCCUGCUACAUCAAAGUAGAAGAAGCACAAGCGGCUUGGAGGAAAGCCGAAAGACCGCCUCCCUCUACCAACAAGCCGGAAGGAAGGGUGCCUCAACCACCUCCUCAACCUCUGCCACGAGCUCUGGAGGCCAGACCUACUUUUCAUCCCGGGCCAGAGAUCAGACCAGCUCCCUGA